AUGACUCCAUCAUUACCAAUAGAUCUGGCUGAAACAAAUGAUAAAGACUUAAAACCUCAAAAUUACAUCCAUAAUAAUUAAAUAAGAUCAGAGAUUUGUUAAAAUAUUCAAUAAACAGAAAUACAAAACUUAUUUAUGUUUGAUAUUAUUCCUAGAUUAAGAGGAGGAGGUUGUGUAGCUACAAAAAAUCCUUUGAAUUAAGUAACAAAAUUAAAUAAUAAACUUCCAAUUAAUUUUUCCUCAAAUAUCAAAGAUCACACCAAUAUUAUAUCUAAAAAAUCUUCAACUUUUUCUGAUAAAAUAAAUUAAGAUGAAAUAUUGUCAUCAUUUUAAUGGUUUUACAAUCAUAAAGAAUAUUUUUAAAUUCUUUGUAAUGAUGAUUAAUUAAAUUAAAUAUAUUAUCAACUCAUUGAGACAUGUGCAGAAAUAUUAUUAAAAUAGUUGAUAAUAUAUAUAAGACUUUCGGGGUUUUUGUUUUAUUAAUUGCUAGAUAUAUGUAAUGAUCUAUUUAGAGUCAUAUUUUCUUUUUAAUUAAAGAAUGAGGAUAGGUAUAUGUAAGAAAGUUUAAAGCAAAGUCUGCUUGAAAUAAUAUCAGAAAUAGAAUCAUAAAUCAGUGUAGAAUCAAUAAAUAUAUGGAAAAAUGGAGUCGAAUUUGAACUUUAAUUGAUUAAGACAUGUAUUGCUCAUUGUAGAACUAAUUCUGAGAAGGAAAAAGAAUUAGUAAUUGCCAUAGUAUGUGGAGUAGCGAGUUCAAUUUCUUAGUUAUCUCCAAGUGCUGAAUUAAUUGAUGCUUUAAUAGAAGCAGGCAAGUAUUUACUUCUAAAUUUUUAUGAUAAGUAAAUUUAGCAUCCACUUCAAAAAUAUGAAAUAUACUACUUUUUUGAAAAUUUAAAAUGGUCGAUAAUUAAUUAAUUGAAACUUGGGUAUUCUGUAUAAAAAACAAUUAACACUGUUUUGGAUGGAUUUAAUUUAUAUAUAAAGCCAUCUAAAGAUUGGAUGAUACAUUUUUGUUGGGUUAAAUUUAUAUCUGAUUUGAUGUCUUAUAGACCAAUUGUAAACAAAUUUUCACUUAAUCAAACUUAAAAUUCUAAUUAACUAAAUUGGAAUGAAUUAAUAGUUUCAAAUUAAAUUGUAUAAUUACCUUAUGAUAAAGCAUCAGGUAAACUUCAAAUUUUUGGGAAAAAAAAUAACCUCAAUUUGAAAGAAUUUCGAUAAUUAAUACUAUUUUAAGAAUAUUUAUUAGAUAUUUAAGAAAAAUUUUAAUUGCUGCCCUCUUAUUCAAUAUUUUAAUUUAAUAAGCCAAAGGGAGAAUUAGUUAAUGAUUAGGACUUAAAUAUUAAAAAGUUAAUAAGUGAAUCAAAUUUGGAAAUAGUAACAAUAUUAAAUGAUAAUUUAAAAUCUUCAAAGGAUUAAUUAAUUAGUCUUUUUGAAACUAUAAUUUAAUAAUUUACACCAAAUAUUUAAAAAAUCUAAUCAAAUCUAAACAAUUAAAUAUCAAAAGAUGAUAUUAAAUAUACAAUUAAGUAGAUUAAAUUAUAUAGCUAAUCAUUUGUGUAUAAUUUAUAUGAAUUAAAUAUUAUAAUAAAUUAAGAAAGAUAAGCUAUUGAAAUAAUUCAGAAUAUAUUAAUUUAAAAUAAAUAAUUUUUUAAAGAAAAGAGUUUAGCAUAUUAAAUUUCAAUAAUAUAAAUUAUUAAAGAAUUGGAAUAAUAAUAUGAAUAAAAAUAUAUAAUUAACUUUAAAAAAUUUCCAUUGUAUUUAAUCUAAAUAUUCCACAUAUUGUCAAUAUAUUAGGAUGAAGUGAAUUCCACAAAUUUUAUGUCUGAAACAUCAAAUAUUAGAAUUCAAGAAUGUAAAUUUGAUUAAUAAUAACUUUAAGAGGCAUUAACAAUUUUUGUUAAUUAUGUUGAUAAGUAUAUCAUUUAAUAAAAAUCAAUUAAACGAAAAUUUUUAAAAAUAUAUGAAUCAAAAUAAGUUAAUUUAUUUUUAUAAGAAAGAAUUUCAUAAAGAUUUCAAUCUUAGAUACUAAUUAAUAUAUAUAAUUUCUACUUUAUUUAAUAAUUAGGAGGUGAAUUUGUUGAGUAUUAUAACAAAUGCUUUAUUCAACAAAAAGAAUUAUCCUAAAUUGAUCUCAGAUAACAUAGAAUAGUGAGCAAGUAAAUUAUAAUGAUUUUACAACUUUUAAAGCAAUUAUUAGCUCUUAAAUAAAAAAAAGUUGUCUCAUUAAAUACUUCAAAAGAUAACGAAAAUACAAAAGUGAAUAUCCAAUAAUAGGAUCAAAUAAAAGAUUAGCAAAAUAUUAAAACUUUUUUAGAAAAGAUAAUAAUUGAAAAAAGAACAUUAUUAUAAAAAUUACAUGAUAAAUUUGGGGUUAAAAUAUAAAGUGAUAUUCACUAAGUAGAUUUUAAUGAAAUUAUAAUAUCAUUAGAUGAUGGGAUUGAUUUAAUUUAUAAGUAAAAUUGGUCUGAAGAAUUUAAAAGCAAGCAUAUCUUGAAAUUCAAGGAAAUUAAAAAUAAACUAUAGAUACUUUAAUUGCUAAAACGUAAUUAAUAGUCAUUUAUCAUGGAAAUAAUAUGUCUUUUCAAUAAAUAAUUGGAAGAAAUAAGAUAAGAAGAAUAAUAAUAAUAACAACUAGUUUAGAUAGAAUUGUUAAGUAUAACAAAUAAUGACAUUCAAUAAUUAAACAAAUAAUUUAAAAUAUAAGAUUGUAUAAUUUCUGAAAAUCUUUUUAAUUGGGAUUCAUCUAUAUCUUAAAUAUAAUAGUUAAUUUAGAAUUUCAAAUAAAUAAACAAAAUUAUUGAAUAAAGAAAUGAGAAUAUAUAAUUAACUUAAGUUUAAUUUCAAAAACCAAUAAUAGAAUUCACGAAUGAUACAUUUAAUUAAAAUUAUUUUGAAAUAUAUUCUGAUUUGAGGAUUGAAUUGAUUAAUCUUUUAAGUAAGAUAGCUGAAUCAAAGUAGAUUGUUUUCAAUGAAAAUUUUUUAACAUAAUUAUCAGAAAAUCCUUGCAUUGAUUAAAAAACAACCAUAUAGAUUAUAUCUGAAGGAUCCUCCUUUCUCUACUAGAAGAGUAAUAAUACUAAUUAAGAAUUUAUUAUUGACAAAGCAUAUACUUUUAUGCUCUAAAAUUUAAAGAUAGAAAAUAAUGUCUCAGGAAAUGGUUUUCUUGCAGAAUCUUCAUAUAAAGUUAGAGAAGCAGCAGUAUUCAAUCUAAUUAAGAUGUAAUCAUUUUUGCAUGAACCUAUAAUUUAAGAAUUUUGCUAAUCACUCUUGAAAUAGAUAUGGACUAUCGAAAAAGAUGCCAGUGUAAGAAGUAUUUUAAAAAAUAAAGAGAUGAUUGAAAUGUAGAAAAAAUUAUUUUCACAAGAUCUUGCUACAUUUUCAAAUAAAUUGAAGAUAGAAAUGCAGAAAAGAUUGAAGAAUAUAGAGCAAUUAGAAACUUAAGUUUUAAUCAGUGAUAAUUAAGCAAUAAUGAAGAAUUAACUUUAAUAAGCUUAUGAAGAUUUUGAAAACUAUUUAGAUAAUGUUAUGGAUAUGUCAUAAAGAAUGGAUAUCAGUCUCAUUUUUUUAAGAGAAAUUAGCAAAGAUCUAAAGUCAAUUAAAUCUUCAAUUGAUUAAGUACUUUCAAGUGUUAAAGGAAUAGAAGAUGAUGUUCGAAGAUUGAGUGGUAAAAAUUAUGUUUAACUAUUAUAAAUUAGAAAAGAAAAAAUAUUGAAAUAAAAAAUGGAAGCAGAAUUAGAUUAAGUUCAUAUCUAAAUUAACACUUAAGAAUAUGACUCUGUCACAGGAAGGAAAAAAGAAAGUAUUAAUGGAGUAUUUACAUCAUAUUUAUUAAAAUCAAAAUAUAAUAAUUUUUAAGGAGAAAUCAAUGAAUUUUUAUGGUGUGAAAAUGAAAGUCAAAAAGAUGUUAUGCUUCUAAAAGGAAAAGCAGGUUCAGGUAAAAGUAGAGCAUCAAGAAAUAUAGAAGAAUUUCUUUGGUUGAAUGAUUCUGUUCUUCCUUAAUGGAUUCCAAUCUAUGUUUCAUUACCAUCUUUGAAAGAUCCAAUGCAUAAUUUAUUAGAAUAAGCCUUAGAAUCUCAAAAUUAUAAUUUUGAUAAGAUAUAAAUUAGAGAAUUUAAAGAAGCUGUAUUUAAUGGAAAUCUAAAAGUUAUAUUGAUCUUAGAAAGCUAUGAUGAAAUGAAAUUCCAAUGCAUUUAAUCUAAUUUAUAUUAAACAAAUAGAUUGGCAUAAGAUUUAAAUCUUCAAAUUUCAGGAAAAAAUGUAAAAUUAAUUAUAACUACAAGAGAAGAAAUUUUAACAUCAAUUGGAUAUUAAACAUGGUUUUAUGGUAAGAGUAUUGAUACUUUAAAAGAAGUAGAAAUACUACCAUUUACAUAAGAAUAAAGCUCAGAAUAUAUUAGGUAAUAUUGUGAAGUCAGUGUUAAAAGAGCUAUUAAAAGAUUUUAUCAAUUUUUUAAAUAAUUAAGGGGAUAAACUAUAUCCAUCAAUGAAUUCAAAUUAAUAUGGAGUCCUUUAGAAGAAGAUAUUAACAUAAUUAUUAAUUAAAAAUAAACUUAAGAUUUUUUAUUCAAUCCCCAAGAUGUAGAUAAAAUUAUUAUAAAACUAUAAGCUAUUGAAUUUUUUAAUCAUAUUCGAAUAGAUUAAAUGAUCUCAUUGAAAAAAGAGCUUCUUAAAUUAUGGGGAUAAUAAAAAUUUACAACAGUAAUUAAAAAUGUGAAUAUAAAUCAUUUUAUGAGUACUCCAUUUAUGAUGGAAUUGAUUGUCUAUGUAUUACCUAAGAUGACUUUGAUAUUCUCAGAGCCUAAUUAUUUAAGAGACACCUUAAAAAAAUAAUAUUUAAAAUUACAAAAAGAAGCCUAUUUGUAACACUAAUUAAUAAAUUAUUAUAAGACUUAAUAAGAAUAAACAGAAAAUUAGGAAGAAUUUUUUGAAAUAAUCAGAUUUUCAUAAAAAUAGAUAGAGUCUUAAAAUUUGUUAGAAUAAUUUUAGAUAAUAGAAAAUGAAUUAGAUAAUUAAAAAUUUUUUGAAAAUUUUUCAAUGGAUUAUCCAAUAGAAUAUUUGGGUCCUACUAAAAUAAUUUCAAGACAAGUUUUUAAUGUAACGAAAGAUGCAAAUUUUAUUGUUGGAGCAUUUAAACUUAAUCAAUUUACUGCAUAUGACUUUUAUGAAACAUUUGUAUCAUUUUACCAUAUUCAACAACUUUAAAAUUAGAAGGACUUAGGGAAAACAUUUAAUUAUGAAACUACCUUAAAUGAUUUACAAGAUUUUUCUUUAUUUUUAGCUCUUGAUAUGACUAAGAAUUAACUUACUUAAGUGAACUACAAGUAAAAAGGUAAAUUGUAACUAGAAGAAAACUUUAAGUAGGGACAAAAUUAAAAUUCAUGGGAAGAUUACUACUUUGAUGAAAAUUAAUCAAAUUCUGAAUAUUGUAAUUUCAUAAAAAAGUGUAUAUUAUUAACCUCGAAAGGUAGCAUAUAUACUUUUAAUCAUAAAUCAAUAUAAGAGUUUUUCGUAGCUAAAUAUAUCUUAACUUUGCUUGAAACAAUGUUUGAAGAAAAGGAUAUUCAAAUUGUAGGUAAACAUUUAUAAAAUAGUCGAUUUAAUGCAGAUUAAUUUAACAUAUCUUAAGAACAUUAUUCAGGUUCAAUAGAAUUAUUAAAGCCAAAGUUGAAUACUAUUUCUAAUAUUAAGGAUAAACUACUUUAAAUUACGCAAUUAUCGAAUACAAAUAGCCAAUAACAACUAAUUAGAACAGCAUCAAAUACAAUAUAUCUCUUAAGUUCUUUAUAAGAAAAUUUAAAUAAUAUAGAUUUAAUGAAUGUUACUCUAUCUGAUACAAAAUUAAAUAAUCUUAAUUUUUUUAAUUCUAAUUUAAACUAAACUAAAUUCAGGAAUGUAUCAAUUUCAUCAUGCAAUUUCACUUGCACAACAAUUGAAAACGCUAAGUGGGAAAAUAUAAUUUGUAACGAGAAAUAAACCUUAAUUGGUCACAAACAAUUAAUAAAAAGUCUAUUUUUCUCUAAAGAUGGAAAAAAAUUAAUCUCAGGGAGUUUAGAUGGUACAGUUAAAAUUUGGUAAAUCUAAGGUGAUAAAGAUCCAAUAACUUUUUAAUUUUCAAAUGAUUAAUAAGUCCUUACUGCUUCAUACUCUGAAGAAUAAAAUAUUCUAGCAUGCUUAACUACAUAAUCCAUUUAAAUAUUAAGAUGCGAUGAUCUUGUCUUGGAGAAGUUAAUUCCCCUAUAAAAUUAUUAAUAUACUACUAUUAUACUAUCUCCUAAUACAUAAUAUAUAGUUGCAUAAAAUAUUAAUUCUGUCUACAAUAUUUGGAAAACAGAAGAUUUAUAAAUAAAUCCUAACUCUAAGAAUUAUUAGUUAACAGUUUCAUCAUAAAUAAACUGCACUUAAGUUUCACAUAAUGCAAAAUUAUUAGCCAUAGGCUGUUCGGAAAUCUUAAUUUUUUCAAUUAGAGCAUUUUAAGAUUAUUAAGAAAUUACAAAAUUACCAUUUAAAACUUAUUCAUUAGCAUUUUCUAAUGAUGAUUAAGUACUAGCUGCAGGAGUAGAUUUACAAAAAAUUAAUUUUUGGAGUUUGAAGAAUAUCAAUAAUUUUGAGUUACUGUUAUCUGUAUAAGUAAUAGAUAUUGUCAAUAAACUGUUGUAUUCUUAUGAGAAUAAAUACUUGAUUUCCAGAACAUAAUAUAAAAUUUUCCUAUAUGAAAUUACAAAAGAAUAGUAUGCUUUAGAAAGUAGUGAAAAAAUAAUUCAUUAAGAAUUUGCCAAAUGCUAUGAUUUAGAACUUAUAAAAAGUUCUAAUUAUAUUGCUAUUUGUACUCCUAAGGGAACUAUUAUAAAAUAAUUAAACAAUAAUCAAACAAUAUAAAAAUUGGAAGAAUCAUAAUCCUGCCAUUCAGUUUUAUAUAAUUCAUUGGAUGAUUUAUUGAUAAUUGGUUUAAAUUAUAAACUCAUUCUUUACGAUAUAUAAAAUAUAGAGAAGAUCAAUAAAAUUAAAGAGAUUCCAUUGCCCUUUGAUCCUCUAUAAAUAGUUUAAUUUAAUAAUUCAAAUUAAAUCAUAAUUAGGAGUGAAUAAUAUGUAUCAUUACAUACUUUAGAUGAUAUCAAUUCUUAUAAGAUGUUUUAACUAUAAAAACCAAAUAAAAAUUUCAUUUUAAUAAAUUCUGAAUAUUUCAUAAUAGGCAUAGAUAAAUUAGUAUAUACUUAAUCUCUUCUUAGCGACUUUGUGAAAGUUUACAAUUUCAUAGAUUAUCAUAGUGUUUCUUUAUGUUAUUUUUUCUUUUCUCCCGACAGCAAAACAUUUACAAUAAUAGACAAUGAAUAUUAAACUUAAUUUGAUAUUUAGACAAAAUAGAUGAUCUAAAAAUAAAAAUUAAAUACCCAAAAGAUUUAAAAUAUGGCUAUAAAUAAACAGUAAACUCUAGCAAUUUUUAAUACUUGCAUAUCUUGUAAUCCAUAAGAAUAUCAAAUAUAAUUAUAUAAUCUCAAGACUAAUUAAUUGAUACAAUCCAUAGAAGAAAAUUCAAAUUAUGCAUAACAAUGUUUAUAAAUAGCAUUUUCUGCAGAUAGUAUGAAUUUUGUUACUUUAUACAGAGAUGAUUCAAUUAAAUUGUGGGACGUUAAAACAUAUAAACUUAUUUCUAUGUUUAAACCUAAUAUUGCUUCUAUUAGUAAGUUAAAUCUUUUGAAUUAAAAUUUAUUGGCCUAAGUAAAUCAAGAUAAGAUAAAACUUUGGAAUCUUAAAGCAAUAUAGCAAUAAUAAAUAGAAAUGUCUGGCCAUAAAGAUUAUAUUCAAACAAUAUUAAUUUCAUCUGAUGGAUUACAAUUAGUUUCUCAAUCAUAAUCUUAAAUUAUGAGAUGGGAUUUGCAAUAAUUGAAGUUUAUUGAUGUAUUAAUGAAUAAAUCGGACAAAAUGUCAUCAAUAAAGUAUUCUGAUGACACUCAUUAUUGUGCUGCUAUUGUUUAAGAUGGAUAAAUUGUGGUAUGGAGUUUCAAUACAAAACAUUUGAUUGAAAGAACCUUUCAAAUAUUUUGUGCUAAUUGUAAGGAUUUUUACUUUGAUGUCGAAAAUAAUUAAUUAAUAUCAAAACAUAUAAUUGUUGAAAAAUCUCACAUUAAUUUAAUUUGGAAUUUAGAAAUAGCUUUUUAAUAUUGUAAAUUUCAGAACCAGAUGAAUUUUAUAGAUUCAAAGGAUGUCAUAUUGAUGUCUCCUGACUAAAAAUUUUAUAUAUCCAAAUCUCCAUUAAAAAUUGUGAAGAUUUAAUAAGAAAUUGAAAAUGUUAAUAUAAAUAUAAAUUCUGAAAUAGGGGCAAUAGCAAUAUCUAAAGAUUCCUCUAAAGUGGCUCUUGAAGAUUUCCAAUUUUCUAUCAUAUUAUGGUCGAUAUAAACAAAAUAAUAGCUAGCCAUUUUAAAAGAUGAGACAAGUAGCUAAUUAAAAAUAUUGACAAUGGUAUUUUCAGGAGAUAGCAAAAUAUUAAUCUCAUUUCAUUAGAAUAGAGAAAUAAGACUUUGGGAUGUUAGUGAUAAAUUUACAUUACUUUAAAAAUAUACUUCUAAAACUACCGGAGCUUUAUAGAUUGUUCAUGCUUUUUCUCACAAUAAUGAUGACUUUCUCAUUCUUUGGGUAGAAGUACAACCUCCACGUGCCUACAUUGAUAUUUCUUACGAUCAAUACUACUUAUAUCACAAAGAUUAAUCCAUAAUCCAAUUACAAUCAUAUCCUGUGGAAAAUGAAUUCAUAAGUUAUACUCCUGCUUAUUUUGAUAAUAAGUAGUUAUUAGCAGUCUAAAGUAGAGAUUCACUUCAUAUUUGGGAUCUUAUCUCAAAGUAGGCUCUUGUGAUUCUUGAGGGUAAUUCAUUAACUUCAUCUACUUAGUCCAGCAUUUUGUCCUUUUCAGCAAAUGGAGAAACUCUAUAUGGAUUAGGGAGGGAUCAAAAACUAAGAUGCUGGAAUUUGUAGAGUAAUGUUAAAGUAAUUUUAAAACAGCAAGUACCAGUAAAAGCAUUUUAGAUUAAUGAAGAUACAUAAGUUAUUAAAGUUAUUGGAAAAGAUAAUUUAGUAUAUGAAUAUUUAUUUGAGGAAUUUACAGAAAUUUGCUUUUUUGGAUCUAAAAAUAUCGAAUUUCCUAAUAUUAAUCUAUAAAAAAUAGAACUAUAUAAAAAAGAAUUUUUUGAUUAAGGGAGGAGCUUAAAAUUGAUAGAUAAAAAAACAAACUAAGUAAAAUAUAUAAUUAAUCAAUUUUCAUCACUAAUUACAUGUGUUGCAUUUUCUAAUUGUGGAAAAUUAUUUAUUAUAGGAUUGCAAGAUGGGUCUAUUAAUAUUUAUGAUGCAGGUUCAAGGAUAAUAGAAAAAUAUGGAAAACCAGUUUGCAGUAAAACCUUUGCUAGAAGUCCAAUUUUACAGGCUGAUUGUUGUAGUAUUAAGGGAUCAAAAUUUUCAACAUAAGAAAACGAGAAUCUUGAAUAACUAUUCUUGUAAAAAGGAGCAAAAAAUGAUGAUUGA